AGUUACGAGUAAAUGUUGUAAACUCAUAGCUAUAAUAAAAAUAUCAUAUUAUUCGCAAAAAAGAAACAUUAUUUCAUAUGACAACGGAGCCUUCAAAAAACAGCAUUAAGAAAGAAGAACGAUGUAUUUAGAAUAAAGCAGGGUCAAUAUUUUUGAAUGAUAACGUGUAGAUUUCUUCAUAAUCUUUUAUCAAGAUUAAGGAAAUUGAUAAAGCGACAAGUGUUCCUACCCGCACCCUCUCUUAAAAGGCGACCUUGAGGAAGGAAUCUUCUCUUAGUUCCGUGAUUAUUCGUAAUGGAGGACAACAAACUCGUUUUAUAUUCUUAUUUUCGAAGUUCGUGUUCUUGGAGAGUACGAAUUGCUCUGGCUCUUAAAAAUAUUGACUAUGAAUCGAGAUUUAUUAAUUUAGUUAAGGGAGAGCAUUUAUCUGAGAGUUAUGUUAAAUUGAAUCCAUGCGGUGAAGUGCCGGCUUUAGUCACCGGCACCGGACAAACGAUCACCCACUCCGUUGCCAUUCUUGAAUACUUGGAAGAAACUGUUCCCCUUCCACCUCUUCUGCCCCAGGAUUCAGUUCUACGAGCUCAGGUGAGAGCCAUUGUGGAUACGAUAGCUUCAGGUAUUCAGCCAAUUCAGAAUAUGAAAGUGCUGAAAUACGUGGGUCAAGAUUCUCAGCAGUGGGCAAAGCAUUGGAUACAGAAGGGAUUUGUUUCCCUGGAAAAGAUUCUAGGAGAAACCCAUGGUCAAUACUGCGUGGGAGAUGCUUUGACCAUGGCCGAUGUCUGCCUCCUACCUCAGAUCUACAAUGCCAAUCGCUUCGCUGUCGACAUGUCACAAUUUCCUUUGAUCGCCGAAAUCGCUUCCAGGUUGAGCGAAUUGGAUGCUUUCAGACUGACCCGACCUGAAAAUCAACCCGAUUGUCCGGAAGAACUGAAACGUCACAAAUAACUGGAUGACGUCAAAAGACAAAUCAAACAUUUUGUAAAAAAAAAAAAUUUAAAUAAAAUGUUAGGAACCAUG